AGAAGCAAUACUAUUUACGAUUUAAAAGCAAGUGCAACGUGUUCAUUGCUUUAAAUGUUGCUCACAGCAGGCAUUGUUCGCUUCCCCAAAAUAAUGCGCUUGCCCAAAAAGUUGAACGAAGUUAUGCAAAGAAACCUAAACUUCUCCCAUCUCUUCAAAUCGAACUAGCUUCCAAGCUAGCGAAACCACUUGACUUUUAUUUUGAAGAGAGUCCUCCGUUAAGACCAGAAUGUAAGAUACCUCUGCCCUUCUCGUCGUUUCUAAUAGAAAAAAAAAAACACAUGAAAGCUUAGCAGUGCAUACAGGAACGAAACCUGAAUAUACAACGUGAACAAUAAACGUAUUUGUUUAUACCGUGGGGGAAAAAAAAAAACUACUUGCAAAAUGGACUGUGCAUGACCAUUUUAAGAAGAAUCCGUAUUGUGUAGGAUGAUGACGGACAUCUGUGCUGCAAAAAAAAUCAAGAUCGUGAUAAUAAUGAAAAAUUCAGAGGAAUCAAACCGCUGGGCAGACCGAGGACAGCAGCAGGACGAAGAGGUUGAAAGCUGAUUUCCCUGAAGGAUACCUCAGUAACACGUAUAAACGCUUACAAGGUGUGAGCAAUAACGUGGGAAAAUGCGGCCUCUACGAGGGAUCCAUACGGCCGUUACACUGGUACUGUGUGUCAUAGCUGUUGACGGCUAUCAACAUCGACAGCGUGGAGGCGGAAUCCAUCACCGGGGGCGCGGCAAUAAGGUUGGCGGAGGUUUUAUGAAAGAGUCGCCGGCAAACAGUCCAAAAAUGAACACCGUACCUCUUGCUAAUCCGCCACCGCCCCUGGUCUCUAAAAUAUCCCCACACUUCGACAAUACCACACCGCCACAGGUAACCGCUGCUCAAGGAAAGGCUGUCUUCUUACCUUGCAACGUCAGACAUCUAGGAGAUCGGACCGUCUCUUGGAUCCGCCGUACAGUCGAAGGUGGCUUGAACGUGCUGACGGUUGGCCGCUUUGCAUACACAAUGGAUCAACGUUUUCAGGUGAUACACUUCGACAAUUCGGAAUCAUGGGCGCUACACAUCAAGUACGCAUCCCUUGACGACAGCGGCGUCUACGAAUGCCAAGUCAGCACCACGCCCAAAAUAAGCCGCUUUGUUCGGUUGGAUGUAGUCGAGAGUCGUGCGUCGAUUAUAGGAGGGCCCUCGUUAUACGUGAACGGCGGUUCAGUUUUAAGGCUUGUGUGCUUCGUUGAUGGAAUUGCUGCAGCCCCCACGUCAACUUCAACCUCGUCAUCUUCGUCGCCAUCAACUUCAUCGCCGACGAGCUCACCGACUUCGGGAAACACUGAGUUCGUGUUCUGGUUCCGCAACGGCAAGCUGUUGAACUACGAUCAGGACCUAAGGCAUCGAGUAAGCCUUUCAAUUCCGCCGCCAAACACAGGCCUAGCAGAAUCUCUUAGACCGGCAUCACCGAUCAGACAUGCCUACGAGCGGAUCCUUGCAAAUGGUCAAAACUAUAACAGCAAAAAGAACCACCUCAACAAUAACAGUAACGAAAAUAACGCUGGCAAUAGACCGGUCGAAAAGGAACAGCCGCAACGGCGCCUGGAGAGUCGCCUGGAGAUUUCGUCAGUGAGAGUUGCUGACUCGGGUAAUUAUUCUUGUCAGCCAUCGAAUUCGGCGCCAGAUGUCAUACAAGUUUUCGUCAUUGCAAAUGAACCGCCAGCGGCGAUGCAGGACAGUGUUGUCGCAGGAACAUUGGGCGUGAGGUCACCUGCAGCCGUCGUGCGCUCGCGAGAACUUCUGUUGUCGAUGCUUCUUUUACCCCUUUACCUUUUGCGGUGACUUAGAGAUGCCCGCCUGCACUGCCUCAAUUUAAGCAGUUCUCGCAAACGACAAGGGAUCACAAAUGCCGGUGAAGCGACAACAAUACUGACAACGAGAAGGGUCCAAGCGAAUCCACAACAAGCACAAGGUCGACUUGCAGAGUUGGCCACAGCUGCAGCGACUGUCGUUCAACAGGAACAGGUUAACAUUUGUGGAAGCAAAGCAUCGGAAAGGACAGAGUUGUGACGCAAAACGUCAUGUGCGCCGUCGUCGUGCUAAAGCUGCCAUCUUCAACUUCGGUUGCGUGCAGUGACACGGAUUAUAAGGAUGGAGGCGGAAUCAUCGAUACCUCCAAGCCUAAACUUAUCGCCAGUUACGUGCCAAGCAGUGAAAAGCACAAAAACGUCGUGAGUGGCUCUCAAACACUCUCCUGGAAGUUGGAAGGUUCCAAUGCUAUGCAUUACCGGUCGCAUUGUGAAGUCUCUUCGGUUAUUAAGUGGACACCAUACGGCGGUCAUAUUUGCUGUUUAAAAUCAAGCGGCGAUGUUUUUCAACCUGUAGCUCUUAUAGGUUACAUCCUGAUGAUGAGUGUACUGGCAAGAAUAUGAAAAAAAAAAAAAAAAAAUAGCUAAAGGAGCCUCGUUCAGCCUGAAAAUUUUUUGCGUCAAAUUCGAGAUAUUUAGCCCUCGCGUAUUCGGCCUUGUUCACGGUCUGCGUUGUUAGCGAAAGCUGUUUCUGAGAUCAAACCAUGCAAGGCUGUUGCUUUUAUAAAGCUGUUGGCAAACAAAUGGCUAGCUUCUCUCUGUUUAACUAAGCGAUGGAGACGUGUAUCGUGCCAAUGAGUUACAAGCAAGCGGCGUAUUUAGCAGGCGGGCAUCUUCUCAAGCACGGUUUUUUACCAUUUGUGCACAUCUUGUAAAUACGGUAUAGAAUAGAAUAGAACGGUGAGAUGAUGGGCACCAAUGCAGGGCCGUUGGGCAACGUGUAAUAGUUACAGCCAGAGGAGGACACCAGCUAUGGACAAAGAAGAACUAAAGUGCACUUACUUUGUUAAAGGCAAGAUGCGAUCAUUCCGAAGAUCUUACUUCGGUUAAGUAACAGGACUACAGUCUAAACGAUAUACUAUUCGGUAAUAAAAUUACUGCUACCUCAUAAUCUAGAAUAUUAUUCUAGGUUCUCGACUCAGAGCUCAAAAAAAAACUAUCUCCUUAUUCCGGCAUCACUUCGAUGCGCGCUGCCAUAAUUAGCGUCAAUUCACGUUGCAAAGUAGGUCCACUUCCUUAUAAUACAUGCAUUGUUACUGUUUGUAGUAAUCACAGCGAAUUAAGAUCUAGAAUAUCAAUUUUUUGUUGGUUUUAAUAACUUCUAUGGACAGCUAACGUGUAGAAAGAAAGUUGUUCGCAGUACUCAGGCCGCUGCCGGACACACCAGGUAAAUUAUAACAAAAGGUCCGCUCGGCGAUUUGAGCGCUCAGCUUAUGCGUUCGGCGGUCACAAUGUAUCAGACGAGUUAUAUCAAUUACGGAGUCCUUCACCUAGUAAAUAAUAGAUCAUGAUAGAAAGUAGGACGUCGUUACGCCAUAAGGACGUACAUGACGCCAAGUCAGGACGAGGCUAGAGAUCUCGGAGGCGCAUAGUGUGUGCAUUGGAACUUGUUCGAUUUGAAUCGAUGUUUCAAGCGCUUGUUUGGAGAAUAUAGUGAUGUUGCUAGAACCUAUACGCUAAAACAGAUACUCACACUUAAAGGACAAAAAAAUAGAACACUUUUCCGGAAGCCAGCAUUUUCAACUGACUAAAGCCUCUUAACAAACAAAGGGUGCUUAUUUAAUUUAUUUGACCUUGUACAAGUAAACUAGUAGACCAACCUAUGCCCGAAUCAAGUUCACUCAAAUAAAUUCCCACAUCAGAAUCUAUCACCCGCUUCAGGACCGUGUAUGUCACAGUAGCAAUUUAUCUAGAAGGCAAAGCGGUACUAGCCAAAACAUUAAUAGAUAUGUCCUAUACUGUGCAUACGAUAGAAAAUAAUUUACGCAAUUACUGUUUCAUACCUUCGCAACGAAAUUGGCAAAUGAUAUGUUUUUCAAGCCAAAAAGAGAUACUUUCAUUCUCUCGAUGUCGAGCUUACUUUAUUUGGCGAGCAAAGCGAGAUGUGUCCCUCGUGCGGCAAACUGGCAUUUAUUUAGAUAGACAUCUGCUCGAGUUUAUCAUCUUGGGUAAUAGACUACGUUGGUAGUGAACGCUGCGCCGAACGUGGACGUAACGAACCGGCUCGUUCGGGACGCUUGCCGAAGGUCUAGAACAGCGUACCAAGCAUCCCCCACGGCUUUGUGCACUAAAGUGGCACAUCUAACAUGAACUUAAUUUUACUUACUUUACCAAAGUAUCAGAACUUCAAAUGAAUUGUUCAAUCGUUUGCACUAUAGAGUUACGUAAUACUAGCUCGAACGGCUGAAGACAGUCCAACUAUUAAUCGAUGGCAGCUGUGAUAAUUUGGGCAUGAUUGAUUCAUGCACGUUUACUGGAUUGGGCCCGAUAGCUAUUAAUGUUGACUUGAAAUUCGGAGGGGUUUUCGUGUGCUUGAGCGACAACGCUGUGUCGUUCGGCUUCUUGGAGUUGUUUGUAGAGAGGUUCGAUAAUAAUUAUCUGCAGACGACGUCCAUCGGACCUUGCUAUAUAAUGUCUGCUUUCAUAUGUACGGGCACGACGCACGUCCGUUGGCCCCAUUAGUUUCCUUAUAUUUCUGUUUUCCGUCAGAAGAUAUUUGUGAUCGUGUACGAUUCUAUACGAGUAGUCCUAACGAGUAGAUUGUUUCAUUGAGUUUUCAAUUGUCAGCACAAUGAUUCUAUGAAACAUUUCUAAUUUAGAUAAUAUCAAAUUUAUUUAAUGUUAGCUUUUCGUACUGUCAAUGCUAAUUAGAGCAUUUGGAAAUGUUCAUCAAAUACGAACGGAACAUUUGGAUAAAGCGGGUCGUUCUUUAUUAUGUAACACUUCCGCUUAUCAUAAUACAUCGAAAUUAUAUGUUUUCCUGCCAUCUUAGAAUAGGAAAGGCUCUCUCAUUCGAUUCGACCUUGCUAGUGAUAUAGGAUGAAUCACAUGUUUCAUUUUAGUCACUACGAAAUUAACUCUCUAUUACUUAUGACGGCAUAGUGGGGGGCAAAUAUAUAGACUAAGAUGCGUGCCUACGGAAUCAAUUAGGGUUACUACCUUCCGGUCGUUAACUCGCUGUGGCAAAUACAACGUUAGCCUUCGUAUAUAAACGAGAGAGUUGUGCGUGAGUUGGCGGCAGUUGACUGAUGGUGAACUUGAAAAAAAAAAGCAGAAAACUUCCAGACGAACUUGUUGUGUGUAAAACAGACGGGCAAAAAAACAGGUCGACGCUGUAGGAGACUCAUAUUUACCGGAACCGCGUGACUGAUGUCAAUUAAAAGGGACACCAAAACGAAAGACAAAUGCAGAAAAUUAGCAAAAAUAUUAACUAGUAUAGUACAUUAAUCAAAUCUUGGCGAGUGCCAUAGAUUAGCAUGGGACGUCGCGCUAUGCGUCAAAACAGCAACAGUUUAGGCCCUAUGUAGCGGUGACGGCAAGUGCGGACAGACGGGCAGAACACGUUGAUCCUAAUAAAACUGUGAAUCUGUUAAUUCCAUUCAUACAUAUACACACACACACCCUAUUAUACAUAAGGGUAACGUGAAACGCAAAAUAAGUAACGACACAAAGAGCAGCUAUGUGCGUUAAUGAUGAUAGAGAAAAAUAAUAAACAUCACCAUAUAGCCUCAUAUAUAUUAGGAGACUAGUUUAUUGUCCCUUAGGUGAAAUAAGGUUUACGAUUCAAAAAACGACCACCUAAAUACGAGUCUCUCGGUGUUAUCCAACGUUUAAACGGACGCCUUUUCAUGCAAAAGAAAUUGACUUGACAAGAACAACGAAUCAAGAGAGUGCCCAGCACUCAUGUAUGAUAAGUAUGUAUACAUUUUGUAAUAUUCAAUACAUCAUAGAAUAACGCGGCCUAUGAAGAUAGACAUGUUCUCUGAAAUUAUUGUAUCUUCCAUAGGAUCUCUUAGCAACACUGAGACAAAUGCAGCAAGGUGUCGCUCUCAUAAUGCAAAAUAGCUCUCUCAUCGAUAUUGUAACUUUAUAAAAAACGAAAAAUAUUAUCCAAAAAAAAAAACAUACCGAUCUGAAUCACUUAGAAGAUGGCUGAUCAUUCACCAACGAAUGAUAGGAAAAGCUGAAAGGAUGAUGUAUUCUGUGAAAUGUACUUGUACCAAGUGCGUCUGGGGGACGGCGACAUUUGGCCAAUAAUACAUUUUUUUUUUUUUUUUCCUGAAAAAAAGACACCCACAAUGAUGGU